GCUGCACCCGCCUGGCGUCGUACAGUGCCCUUGCCGUGGUGCCCCGUGGUUCUAGAAGACCUCCGGCCUGCCUGCCCACACAGCAACCCGAUGGCUGUCGAGCUCCGGGUGGGUUCCAGGUUCGGAGGGGGGCCACACCCAUCUGGGCAUGCCUGUCGGCGCUUCUCCCACCCACUCACUGCCCACAGCCACCUGGCCAGCCAGCCAGCCAGCCAACCACGCCCAGGGUUCAAGCCCAAACACCUGCUCUCGAGCCCUCUUGCACCCGAGACUAGGGCUCUAGGCCUCACCUCUUGGGGCCCUGCGUCUCAAUGCCCUUUCCGUCAUCCCCGUUGCUGCUGUUUCAGCCUGCCAGUUCCUGCCCUGUCCCAAGCCUGUCCUGCCGUGCGCCCCCCCAUCUCUUGAGCUUCGAGCUGGGUGCUGCUUUAGCCUCGGGGGUCCUCCUGUCGCAUCAACCGGCCUGCUGACGAUUUGGAUGCUCACGAUUGUCACUGCACACACACACACACACACACACACACACACACACACAUUGACCCCAUCUACACGCACACCUACUCACACUUCUCACACAGCAGCGAGCUCCUUUCUUUCCAAGCCGGCAGAUACGACACGAGCCAGGGGGCUGAGGAAGUCGACGAGCACGGGCACGGGCACCGAUACGACGACACACCCGCGACCACCAGAAACCUGGACCAGGACGAGGAGCAAGACCCCGCCCUCUAGCCGUCCAUCCCACCCCACUUUCCAUCCAGGGCCAAGUCCCCAGCUCUGCCUGCUGCUUGUCUCCCUCUCUGCUCUCGACCCCGACCACGCCAGACGCUUUUCAUCCAGUCUGCUGUCUUGUUCUCUUCCUCUCGGGCCCUCAGACCUUCAGACGGCUCAAUUCGAAGCAAGCAUCCUGCCGCUGCCAGCUACUUGCCACCCCUUCCUCGGGCACGACACUGCUGCCGGCGCAUCAACGGCCAACAGCUGCUGCACAGCCAACCAGCUUCACCCGCCACCCACCCGACUCAGCGGCGCCUUGACUGCAUCCGAGGACCAUAGGCACAGCUGCACAUUAGCGCUCGAGCCGCCACCCUCACCACCUAACCUACCUCUACGGAUCCACGUCCGGGCCUGACUGGUCUCUGCCUCGGACAUUACGCUGCGUGGGAUCUCUGUGCCACCGUCCCCGGCCAACUUGCCUCUCCUCUUCAAUCCUGAGCUGGUCUUCUGUCGACCUACCGGGGCAUAGCAUCUACAUCCGUCUCUGCUGCAGCGAGGAGCCAAGCCUGCCUCGGCCAUAUCCUCCACCAUGUCUCGCGCACAACCUCCGAACCCUGCGGGCUCCCGCAAGAUCUCCUUCAACGUCAGCGAGCAGUAUGAUAUCCAGGACGUCGUCGGAGAGGGCGCCUACGGUGUUGUCUGCUCCGCGAUCCACAAGCCCUCCGGCCAGAAGGUGGCCAUCAAGAAGAUCACGCCUUUUGACCACUCCAUGUUCUGUCUGAGGACCCUGCGUGAGAUGAAGCUCCUGCGCUACUUCAACCACGAGAACAUCAUCAGCAUCCUCGACAUCCAGAAGCCGAGGAGCUUCGAGACCUUCAACGAGGUGUAUCUGAUCCAGGAGCUGAUGGAGACUGACAUGCACCGUGUCAUCCGCACCCAAGACCUCUCCGACGACCACUGCCAAUACUUUAUCUACCAGACCCUCCGGGCCUUGAAGGCCAUGCACUCGGCCAACGUCCUCCACCGAGACUUGAAGCCCUCCAACCUGCUCCUCAACGCCAACUGCGACCUGAAGGUGUGCGACUUUGGCCUUGCCCGCUCCGCGGCCUCCCAGGAGGACAACUCGGGCUUCAUGACCGAAUAUGUCGCGACGAGAUGGUACCGUGCGCCAGAGAUCAUGUUAACUUUCAAGGAGUACACCAAGGCCAUCGAUGUGUGGUCGGUGGGCUGCAUCCUCGCCGAGAUGCUGAGCGGCAAGCCCCUGUUCCCGGGCAAGGACUACCACCACCAGCUCACGCUGAUCCUCGACGUCCUCGGCACCCCGACGAUGGAGGACUACUAUGGUAUCAAGUCCCGCCGAGCCCGGGAGUACAUCCGCUCUCUGCCCUUCAAGAAGAAGGUCCCGUUCCGCACCCUCUUCCCCAAGACCUCAGACCUUGCCCUCGACCUCCUCGAGAAGCUCCUGGCCUUCAACCCCGUGAAGCGCAUCACGGUGGAGGAGGCGCUGAAGCACCCGUACCUGGAGCCUUAUCAUGACCCUGACGAUGAGCCCACCGCGCCACCAAUUCCCGAGGAGUUCUUCGACUUCGACAAGCACAAGGACAACCUGAGCAAAGACCAGCUUAAGCAGCUGAUCUACCAAGAGAUCAUGCGGUAAACCAGGGGCCGCAGCACGCGGGCACCAGCCCCGCCAAUGUUGUAGCGGUGUUUUUGAAAAAAAGCAAGAGGAACUGGUGACGGCUUCGUGCAUGGCUGUGAUACCACAUGCUGAGCUGGAUAUACGAUAUGAGGGGAGGAGGGGCAACGGAGCAUUGGGAUUAUUCAUGAGCUCCUUCGUCGUCAUUUGGGAGGGCCAGAGACAGCCACGGGGCGUGAAGCUGUUGUGGACGCCGGGUCUUGUGGGGAUUUUCCCGCGAUUGAUUUUCGAAAGCAUCUAUCGUUGUGAGCCACUAAAGGGAUGAACUAGUGGGCUCUGUAGCCACCGAGUUUAUCGUUGUGCCGGCCCCUGAGGCAAGGCAGGGAUAACGGCCCCAGGGCUCGACCUACCAAACCCGUGGUAGGUAUGUAAGGUAGCUAGGUAGUUGUGAGUCCUACCGGGGGGGGGGGGGGUGGCUUGGG